AGUCUAGCAACAAUACAUGCACAACCUAGCAGGCCUUAAUUCAAUGGCAGAGGCCAGAGGGUGCUUCUUUUCAGCGUUGCUGAAAAGGAGGUCCUCAGGCAGUUGGCAGAGAGCAGUGGAGACUUUUUUCUAGCAGGGUUGGGGGAAGUGGGCUCCCUGGUGGCUGAGAGCUGGGACUAGGCUGGUUUGCCCCUGGCCUAGAUUUUACUUUGGGAUGCAACUUCUCUGGGGCCCUCAGUCCUCUAAUCAAUGGUUGAGGGUGCUUUCCUUCAGCUCUGCUAUCAAGAGGCAGCUGCCAGCUGGAGCAGAAGAGAGUGCUUUAUGGCAGGAAGGGUGCUUCUUCUAUGGCUGAUGAUUGGGGCUAGGGUGGUCUUCCCUUUGGAAGAUCAGGCUACCGAUCUUCAAGGGAGGCAGCUGCUGCAUUGGUGAACCUGGAGAAGCAACUUUCGUAUAGAGAUGCAAUGCCAGAAACUGCUUCUCCUGUUUAAUGAAUGCCUGCCAUGCAAUUAUUAAAAGCACAGGAGGCAAAACAAACCAAUAUGAAACCGGAUUAGCUGAAAUAAGUAGGACUAGUCACAGGCCUAUGCAACCCCACCCCUGGCAAGAAAACUCCUAUGGAUUCCUCAUGAAUUGGAGACUCAUGUGGAACUUAACAGGAUCGGGGCCUUCUUGCACCUUGCAAGCUUGUCAUCACUCAUUUCUAGCAGCACCCAAAUAAUUUCAGGGGCCUCAUUUACUUCAUUUAUAUGUAUUCAAAACAUUAUAUGCAUAAAGCCUUCAUAAAGGCUGCAACUUAUACACACAUGCUUGGGAGUAAAUGAACCAAAUGAGCUAUGCUUCCACGUAGAAGUGCCUAGGAUGGUCUGUAAAAAAAGCAAGUGUUAGUCUCCACCCAGAGGAAAGCAAACUUUACUUUCCCCUUUAACACUUGACCAGAGUGGUAAAGAGGGAAAUUACAAUCAAAUGUUGAUAAGAUACAGCUGAUACUUGGAUAGGUUUCUGCUUAUAUAAGGAAUGCUGCUUUAGCAGCCUUCAUUUCAGCAAGUUUGCUGCAUUUAUAUAAGGGUGCAAUGCUACUGUCUUGGCUUACGGGCAGAUGGGCUCCAGGAAAACAUAUUCCAUGGGAUGGGCCUACACAGUCAGCAAAGACAACGAUCCCAUCCCACUGUGGGAAUCAUCCCUCAGGUGAUUGAGCUGCUCUUCCAGGAGGUGAGAGAGAAGACAGAGUGGCAGUUCUCUGUGAAGUUCUCCUAUUUUGAGUCGGGAGGAGGACACGCCGUGCAUGUGUGUCUGGGAGGAGAGCUCGCCACCUGCACAUGGACUUUGUCUUGCGUGCAUCAGCGACCACGAGGCAGGGUGGGAGUCGGACUAGAGCGUUUGUGUUGCUGCUGCCUAGGGCUGUGUCUGUGUGUGCGCACAUUGGACAAGGAGCGGAGGAAGGAUUCAAAAGGAGGAGGACUGCCUGCCUCAUCACAAUGCAAUAAAGCAUGGACAAGCACCUCUGCUGACUGGAAGAACUGCAGGCACAACCAACCAGCACUUAGUAACAAGCCUUCUAAUAUUAGAACAUCAUGAUGCCACGGAAGAAGGCAAGUGGAGCUGAAGGACGGAAGAGGCGGAGGUUGGAGGCAGAGGAAGCCAAGAGGUCGAGCAGGUUCUUCAUGCCAUUCUUUACAAGGGCCGGAACAAGUAGCUCCACACCACCUUCCACAGUCGCCAGCACCUGCUCCAGUGUUUUCGGAAUCCGAAGGUGGAUCAAGUGCACAUCCGCCACAAGUGGAGGAGGAUGUCCAGUCAGAUGAAGGUGGAUCAAGUGCACAUCCGCCACAAGUGGAGGAGGAAGUCCAGUCAGAUGAAGAGGCUGCCACAGAGUGUGGAUGUGACAGGAGGGGAAGCUGGUGGUGGUGAUGUCGAGUCUACUGAUGAGAGUGAGACUGAACCCGAGGAGGAGGACACUACGUGUAGUGAACCGGAUGCUGACCAAGAGCCUCUAACUGUUAGGCUUGAUUGAUCGGCAUGACAUUGGACUUCUGCAGUUUGACAAGGAUACUGGAAGACCGGUUCUGCCUGACACGCUGAGAACAGAAAUAAUAAAGCUGGGUUCAAAGUAUUUCCAGAACUCUGAGGGGCCUUUCCUACCAACUAAUAACCGUGCAAUGAACAAGACUUGGUUCAGGAAGAGAUUGGGAAGUGAGGAGGUGACUCGCAAAUGGCUGGUCUAUUCCCCUUCUAAGAAGUCAGCAUUUUGCUUCUGCUGUCUUUUCCUGAUCAGACCAUCAGUCAACAUUGGAGCAGGAAAGUGGAUUCAACCACUGGAAAGCACCUGAAAGGAUUGCUGUUCAUGCGAAUGCCAAGAAUCAUUGGGAGUGCCUUGCACAGUGGAAAGAAAUGGAAAGAAAUAUAGCUGGAAACAGAGGACUCAUUGAUGUGGAACUUCGGUCACAGAUUGAGAAGGAGAAGCAGAGGUGGCGCGAAAUCUUGACAAGAAUCCUUAACUGCAUCAAAUACCUUACAACUCAGAACCUGGCUUUGUGAGGACAUAGGGAGUCACUUCAGCUAGACAAGGAUGAUGCCAAUGUAGGAAAUUUCCUUGGCUUAGUAAAACUAAUGGCUACUUGUGACCCAGUCAUGAAAGAACACCUGACCCAUGUGGAAAGUCAUCCUGGAUCCCCCUCUUAUCUCUCACUGGCAGUCCAGAAUGAAUUCAUCCACCUGAUGGCAUCCACUGUUCGCAAGAGUCUACUGAGAGGCAUUCGCAAAGCAAAAUACUAUGGCCUCAUGUUCAACUCGACUCCUGACCUGGCACACCAUGAGCAGAUGUCACAAGUAGUUAGAUACGUACAAAUUGAUUAUGAGGAAUACAGUCCAUGUGAGAGAGUCCUUCCUUGGUUUUACCCAGUUAAGCCGGAAGGCUGCUGAGAGCUUGACUGAAGACAUCUUGAAAAAGUUAGAGAAGGACGGAAUGGAGCUGCAAGAUUGUCAGUCACAGUGCUAUGACAAUGCUGCUGUGAUGGCUGGACACAGAAGUGGUGUUGCCAAACGGAUACGUGAGAAAAACAACCUGGCAGUGUUUGUAAAUUGCGACAAUCAUUCACUUAACUUGGUGGGUGUACAUGCAGCCAAAGAGGAUGUGAUGAUGGUGACAUUUUUUUGGAACCAUUGAUGCCAUCUACGUGUUUUUUUCUCGCUCAACACAGCGCUGGCAAAAACUCAGAAACGCCAUGCCUGUGUCUGUUAAGUCAGAGUCUGAAACCAGGUGGAGUUCAAGGACGGAAGCAGUGAAGCCAGUCAACAACCACCUGGAGGAGAUACUUCAAGUUCUUCUGGACAUGACAGAUGAUGAAGAUGAGAACAUUGAAACCAGAACUGAUGCAAGGCAGCUGCGCAACCACUUGUUGACUUAUGAUUUUCUGACUCUACUAGGUUUUUGGAAUAAGAUCCUCAUUCGAAUUGACCGUGUUCAAAAGAGGCUGCAGGAUCCUAGCAUGAACUUCCACUAUGCUGCUGUGGAUUUGAAAGGCCUCCAGGAUCGUUUGGAUGGUGAGAGAGAAGUGCUGGUCAGUGAGGCACUCAACGUAGGAUUUGGUCUCUGUCAAGAAUGGGAUGUUGACUUUGAAAGAUGUCCGAGACGGAAAAAACGAAUGGCUGGUGAGAAAUCAAGAGACGCUGGGUUAACAGCUAGGGAGGAGAUGGAAAGAGUCAUGAAGGGAACACUCGACCAUCUUCACAGAGAACUGGACGAAAGGUUCACUCGCCUGCAUCACACUGAUGCCAAGUUUAGGUUCCUUCUCGAUAUCGAGGGACUGUGCUACAGUGCUGACAGAGAGAACCUAAAGAAGAACUGUGAAAUUUUUUGCCAAAUGUACAGCACUGAUGUUGAUGUGGAGCUAUAUGAUGAGAUUUUGGACUGCAGAAUGUUGCUAGCAGCACGGACCGACAUGAGAGUAGCAAGACCGGAACAGCUUCUUGAAUUUAUAGUUCAAUAUGGAGAUGACGCCAUCUUCCCCAACCUCUGCAUUGCUAUACAGAUCAUGCUGACCAUUGCAGUUUCCGUUGCUAGCUGUGAAAGAUUAUUCAGCAAGUUAAAGCUGAUACUUUCCUAUCUGAGAGCUUCCAUGGGUCAAGGCAGACUCUUGACAUGGGUCAAGGCAGACUCUGAUCUUGCUUUGCUGAGCAUAGAGAGAGAGGAAACAGACAAAACUAACUUUGAUAGCAUCAUAGACCAAUUUGCAUCUAUGAAAGCAAGGAGGGCCAAGUUAUGAUUUUCAGGCAUGUCAUAGUUUGCUAAUUAGAAAAUUAAUGAGCGUGAGUUGCAAUUUCUGCAUUUUUGGUUAUUGGUUGCAUUUUUGGUUAUUGGUUGCAUUUUUGGUUAUUGGUUGCAUUUUUGGUUAGAAUUAGAUAUACAUAUCAGGUGGUAUAAACAUAUGAAAAAUAAAUAAAUAUCCUGCCUUCUGGCCCCAAAAGGACCCUGAUGUGGGAAUAAUGGAGGCCAUGGAUAGUAGUUGCUGAGCUGGCUUUCUGUGCAGUCCUGAGCAGGUCUAGCUCGGAAGUAAAUCUCAUGGAGUACAAGAGGACAUCCUCCCCUGGAGGUGCCUAGAAUUGCAGCCUUGUUUUCCCUCCUCAAAGCAGAGGCCUCUCCUUCAACCUUUAGUGAGAUGAGAGUGUGGGGCUGCCGUGCUAUAAAUGGCUGGAGUAUGUAGUAAAAUUAUGCAAUUAAUCUGGAUGGCCUUGAUUAGAGGGGGGCACUGAGACAAAGAUGUCAUCUUCUGUAGGUGUUUUGUGGUGGCUUCUUCCCCAGACAUGUAGUAAAGGAAGAGUGGACCUUGAGGGAAAGCAAAGCAGCCCUUUUCUCCUCUUCUCUUCCUUCAGAUUGUGGGACUAGCAGAAAAAGAAACGACUUGUGCCCAAGACGCUGUCCACUGUCUGGCGUGGGGCCACAACUCCCGGAUGGCUAUGAACAUUCAGUCAUCACGUUCUCAUGCAGUCUUCACUAUCCUCGAUUGAGCAGAAAUUUAACUUUUUAAAUUUUGUUAUUAAUUUGUUUUAAACUGUUUUUAGCAUUUAAUUGAUUUUAAUGUCUUGUUGUUGUGAACCACACUGAGACUUUGGUCUGGGGCGUGGUAUACAAAUAUGUCAAAUAAAUAAAUAAAAGCCA